GCCCCUAGUGAACAUAAAUACCGCUGACGACGAGCGACAUUUGCAGGGGGAGAGAAGUCUAUAGAAAGACGGACAAGUGUCCCCCAGAAAAGACCCCGGCCUGGGAUUAUCUGAGCAUCUGUUGUGUGAUUUCUAAAGGUGUCUGCUCACUGUACAAACACACACACACGCAUAGAGACGCACUCGGGCUUACCAGAAUCUAAACCUGACAGGUUGGCUCCGUCGUUGCUCCUUUGAUAACAGACAAGGAUGGAGAUGCACAUGAGUGAAAUGGACAGUGGCAUGGUAAAGGUCAACGAGUGGAGUCAGUCGUAUUACGGUCACGACUCGGGCAUCCAGUCUGGAGCCACCACCAUUAGAGACGAUGACGGCGACUACACAACCACCAAGCGCUACGUCACAACCACCACCGUCACCAAAGAGCAGCCCGACGUGGACACCCAGUACACACUGAGCAGAGCUCAGCGUGUUCGGGCUGCGAUGUUCCCCGAGUCGUUGGAAGAAGGCACCACCAUCCUGUCGACCCAGACAGACCCGUCCCAGAUGACCAACGUCCAGCGGCUGGCCGAGCCCUCCCAGAUGCUCAAACAGGCCAUCGUCCAUCUGAUCAACUACCAGGACGACGCCGAGCUGGCCACCAGGGCCAUCCCAGAGCUCACCAAGCUGCUCAACGACGAAGAUCAGGUGGUGGUCAGCAAGGCGGCACAGAUUGUGAACCAGCUGACCAAUAAGGAGGCGUCCCGCCGGGCCCUCAUGCAGUCCCCUCAGAUGGUGGCGGCGGUGGUCCGGGCCUUGCAGAACUCGAACAACAUGGACACCACCAAGGCCGCAGCCAGCAUCCUCCACAACUUGUCCCACCAGAGGGAGGGCCUGCUCGCCAUCUUCAAGUCGGGAGGCAUCCCCGCUCUUGUCCGCAUGCUCAGCUCUCCGGUGGAGUCUGUGCUGUUCUACGCCAUCACCACACUUCACAACCUGCUGCUGCACCAGGAGGGAGCCAAGAUGGCCGUGCGUCUGGCCGACGGACUGCAAAGGAUGGUCCCGCUGCUGAAGAAGACCAACMCCAAGUUCCUGGCCAUCACCACGGACUGUCUGCAGCUGCUGUCCUACGGCAACCAGGAGAGCAAGCUGAUCAUUCUCGCCAGCGGAGGUCCUGAAGGUCUUGUUCACAUCAUGAAGACCUACAACUACGAGAAGUUGCUUUGGACCACGAGCCGCGUCCUCAAAGUCCUCUCUGUGUGCCCCAGCAACAAGCCAGCCAUCGUGGAGGCUGGUGGGAUGCAGGCCCUUGGUAAACACCUGCAAGGCUCCAGCCAGCGUUUGCUGCAGAACUGCCUGUGGACCCUCAGAAACCUGUCCGAUGCUGCAACAAAGCAGGAAGGAGUCGAACCCCUCCUGCAGACUCUGGUGGGGCUCCUCAGCGCAGACGACGUCAACAUGCUCACCUGCGCCACCGGCAUCCUGUCCAACCUCACAUGCAACAACAGCAACAACAAAUCUCUGGUCACCCAACACAACGGCGUCGAGUCGCUGAUCCAUGCCAUACUGCGUGCCGGGGAGAAGGAAGACGUGACCGAGCCGGCGGUCUGUGCCCUGCGACAUCUGACCUCGCGCCACCAGGACGCCGAGUUGGCGCAGCACGCCGUGAGGAACCACUACGGCAUCCCAGCUAUCGUCAAGCUGCUCAACGUGCCCUACCAUUGGCCGGUCAUCAAGGCUGCUGUUGGGCUGCUCCGUAACCUGGCCUUGUGCCCAGAAAACCAGGUUCCCCUCAGGGAUGCAAACACCGUCCCACGUCUGGUCAACCUGCUGAUCAAGGCCCACCAGGACAAUCAGAAAUCUGGUUCAUCCCCUCAGCAGGCUUACCAGGAUGGAGUGAGGAUGGAGGAGAUUGUGGAGGGUUGCACAGGAGCCUUGCACAUCCUGGCAAGAGAUCCCCAGAAUAGAACUCAAAUUGCCAACUUGGAUAUAAUUCCACUCUUUGUCCAGCUCCUCUACUCCCCGGUGGACAACGUGAAGCGCGUGGGGGCAGGCGUGCUGUGUGAGCUGGCCCUGGACAGACAGAGCGCUGAACUUAUCGACGGAGAGGGAGCUUCAGCUCCACUGAUGGAGCUGCUGCACUCCAGCAAUGAGGGCAUCGCUACCUACGCUGCUGCUGUACUCUACCGCAUUUCCGAAGAUAAGAACGCCGACUACAAGAAGCGCGUCUCCGUGGAGCUCACGCACUCUCUGUUCAAACACGACCCUGCAGCCUGGGAGUCGGCUCACAACACUAUCCUGGAAGGAGGCUUUCAAGAUGAAACAGACGGUUACGCACCCUAUCCAUACCAUGGUGAGAUGCCAAUGGACGGCUAUGACGGACAAAUGAUGGGAGACGACUUUCAAGGAAUGAACUACAACAGACCCUACGAAUAUUAACGGUUGCUGGACGAGACGAGAGGCUGAAGACCUGAAGUGGGAUUCUGUGGUCGAGAGAAGAGAAAACAUUCACUCCCUCUGCUCUCCACCUGCUGUAAAAUAUGCAAUUAUUGUCAAAUAUGGGACUCAUAAUCUUAACAGGGCUCAACUUUGUGUUUUUUUUAUAUAU